GCAUAUGACAGCUUGCACCUGGUGGAGGCGGCGAGGCAGCAGGUGCGCCUCAGAGCCAGGCGCUGGACAGGCUGGCGGUCAGUUGUUGCCGCGAUGGAAGGGAAGGCUAAAGCAACGGUGUUGGUGCUGCUCGCUGCCCUGGGCGCCGCCGCGGACACUUCUGUUCGCUGCUCGACGGAGUGCUCCGUGGCGGCCGCCAAAUUUUCCUUCGUCUUCAACAAGACCUACACUUACGCCUACACCGGGGGAGCCCAGGUGUUCCUGAAGGACGUGGAGGACGGAGUGGUAGCAACGCGGUGGAAGACCCAAGUCCAUCUGACAUGGCUCACCCCCUGCGACGCAGCCAUGUCCUUCUCGGAUACCCUUUUGGACAAGGAGAGAGGGUCGAACGACAUCAGCCUACUGGAGAGGUACCCGCUCGUGGUGGCAAUGAUGGACGGCAGCGUGCAGCGUGUGUGCAGCCAUCCCGAUGACGACACGUGGUCCAUCAACUUGAAGAAGGGCGUUGCCUCGAUCCUCCAGAACUCCCUGCCAUCUCUCUCCGCCGUCAACUCUGGACUCAACAUCACGGAGACGGACGUGGUGGGAGUGUGCCCCACCGAGUACGAGAUUUGGGGUGGCGGGGAUGAGAUCAUGGCAACAAAGAAGAAGAACCAUCGUUUGUGUGACAGGCGUUUCGCAACUCGUGACGAGGUCCACCUGCCGUGGCUAAAGGGACCUCUGCCGAUCCAGGAGUCGCGGUCGAAGUGCACACAGAACAUCGUUAACGGCAUCAUCACCUGGGUAGCGUGCGAGGACAAGAACGUGGUGCGGCCCUCCUACGGUGCCUACAAGUUUAUCGAAGCCACGCAGGAGUCAGAGCUGCUGCUGGUGACAGACUCUGCUCCUCCACCCGCCUCCCUCUCCCGCCUCUCGCAGGUGCAGCUGGUGUCCAGGAGUCUCAUAUACGACUACGAGACGCCCAAGAAGGAGCCAUCCUUGGUGCCGGAGUUGGAGCAGAUCUUCCGCCACAUCUGCCAGCUCACGAAGCAGAAAGUGGAUCCCGACACAGCCAAGUGGGUGGACAAAGCUGUGAGCCUGAUGCGUCGCGUCCCAGAUCACGCUCUGCCGCAGAUCUACACCAAGAUACGCAGUGGUCAGUUAUGCGCGGAUCAUGGCAAGCUCAAGGACCUCUUCCUGGACGCGAUCGCCUUUGUGCACGAGUCUGGCGCUGUGCCGAUCAUGGUGAGGGAGCUGGCAGAGGGACGGGCCAGCGAGGAAAGAGCUGCUCUCUACUCAGCUUCUCUCUACCUCACACCUCGCCCGACCGCCGGCAGCAUUGAAGCGCUAAGGCCUUUAUUCGAACUGCCAGCCCUCCUUCCCUCUGUGACGCUGUCUGCAGCCUCUAUGAUCAACACUUUCUGUCGACAAAACCAGUGUGCCGAGGUGCCCAUAGUAAGGGUCAUUGCUGAGGCCUUAAACACAAAACUCCUCAGCCAGUGUUCCCCGCUUAGUGAUGAGGAAAAUCAGUAUGCUGCGUUCUUGACGCUCAAGGCCUUGGGAAACGCCGGCUUCGUGAACCAAGACAUUUCCACAAGUCUUCUGAGGUGCAUGAGGGCCCCAGGAGUGCCCACCCCCGUCAAGGUGGCAGCCGCGCACACCUACAGACUGAUGGGCUGUCAAAAAAGGGUCACCGAGGACGUGGUCGACUUCGCUCUUGACCCGGAGAUGGACACCGAGGCUCGGCUCGCCGCGUACUUGACCGUUGUUCACUGCGCCAACGCCACACACCUGGAAAGGAUUAUCAACGUGAUGACCACCGAGGAAAAUACUCAGGUUCGGGGCUUCAUCCUCAGCCAUUUGCUGAAUAUGCAGAAAACCAAUUCGCCUCACAAAAAGAGGCUGCGGGGUCUGCUGACAAACGCAGUUGUUCCCAAAGAUUUCAAAGCUGACCUGAUGAGGUACUCGCGCAGCUUCGACCUGUCCUUCUUCGAUCCCUCCCCCGGCCUCAGCGCCGAGCUGGAGUCCAGCCUCAUCUACGCUCCGGGGUCCUUCGUGCCUCGCUCCCUGGGCCUUAACCUGACGGCAGCCUUCGAGGAAAUCUCCAUGAACGUCGCCGAGCUUGGGAUCCGCGUGGAGGGCCUGGAACCGAUCCUCGCUCGACUCUUUGGGCCUGAAGGCUACUUCAAGACGUCCAGCUUUGAGAAAAUUUCUGACGAUUUCGUCAAGCUUCUUAAAAAGCAUGGAAAUAUUACGACACCAAAAGACAAAGCUGGAGGAAGGCCGAGGCGCUCCACAGAGACUUCCAUCAUCGCCAAUAUACUGAAUGAAAUCUACCACAACAACCUCUUUGAUAUCAAGGGAGACUCCUUCCUCCGUAUCUUGGGGCAGGACAUUUUCUUUUCAUCCGUCUCGGUUGAUUUCAGCAAUAUAAAUCUUGGGGAAAUGAAAGCUAAGAUAAUUUCAAAAAUUAUUAGUGUUCUUCAGGCAAUGAAAACGCUCAGAAUAGACUCGGCACGCGUGCUCCGGCCAGAGCUCGACUACUCCUUCCCCACCAUCCACGGGGCGGCCCUCAAGCUGAGCUUUCAGGCAACUGCCGUCGCUGGACUAAAGGUAGAAAAUACCUUGAACAGGCUCUCCGUGGGCUCUGCCCUUAAGGUUAUGCCGAGCCUUUCGGUCUACAGCAGCGGCUUUGUUGGUUACGAUGCACACCUCCUAAAGACGGGACUGAAAAUGGAAUUUAACGUCUCGAGCAGCAAUGGCGUCGCCGCCAAGAUACACGGCCAGAGGGGGAAAAGUAUCCAGCUCCAGCUCGACCUUCCUGACGACAUGAAUAUAGUUAACACUCAGGUCGAGGCUUUCCUCAUGAAUAAGAAGAGAGACCAGGCAGCCACAAAGGUCUUCCCGCCCUUCAUGCGGGAUGUGAGGGUUCGUCACAAGUCGUGCUCCACCGACCUCGAGUCUAUCCUCGGCCUUAAGUUGUGUUACGAGGUGGACGUGCCGGAUGUCUCCCACUGUGACUGCCUGCCCCUGGGAGCCCCGUCCUUUGCCAGGCUCUCCCUCAACAGAACGGAGGCGUCAGUGAAAGGUUUCGUGAUUAACGCUACCUUGGAAAAACAUUCCAAUUCAGAAGUUUUGACUCUCGAUUGCCAAAGCUACGGCUCUCACACGCGAAGAGACUUCAAAAUACGGACGACCGUGUUACAAGAGGCAGCUGGAUGCUCCGUCUCCACGACGAUGACGACAACACGAGUGAACGCCACUGCUGCACUCACCGUCACCGACACGGAGUGGGAAAAAUCUAUUGAACUCAUCGGCCAGUUGCACUACGGCAUCAUGGUGUUACAAAGGAUAAUUAAAGUAACCCGAAAGAUCGCUAAGACGUCGCUUUCUCAAGAGGACAGUUUUGGAUUUUCUUAUGGUAAUAACCUGCCGCCACAUCGAAGCGACCAAAUCCUGGAGCUCGGUGUAAUCAGGAAGAGCAUCGGUUCGCGGGUGAAUGUGGACGUCCACGCGGGCACACGACACGCCCUCGCCCACUACAUCGAUCUGGAUGCUAAGCUAAGCGUCGAUGUGGAUCAGCGUCAACACUUCAGCCUGAUUUCGUCUGUUCAGCUGCUCAAGUUUGAGUUCGAGUGUAACGUCGGUGCCUGGAAUGUGACUUCCUUCAUCCGCAAAUCGGUCGUGUCGGGGCGGGAGACCAAGUACUCCUCCGCCUUCAUUGUAAAUCGCUCGGAAAGGCAACUCGCCUGCUUGCAGACCGACCUCCAACUCCAGGGAACGCCCGCCGUGGACUACGUGGCUCAGCUCCUGAUACGCGUUGGGCUCGAGAGGGUCCAGUACAAGGGACAUGUUAGCGUGUACCUCCAGACGGAACAGAUUGGCGCCUCUCUCCAGUUCCUCAGUGUUGUUCCAUCCACCGAGACGCUGCUCCGCCUGGAAGUCAUGCAAACCAACAUCGCCACCACCAGCUACACUGUGCAGGCCAAGGCCGAGGCGCCCCGACUCAUCAGCCCCGUGGCCGUGGUGAUGGGGCUGCAUCUUAACUCCAAGUACGCGCAGGUCGCCCAGAUGAAGGCUGUGGUCAAGUAUGGCACCUCGAUCCUGCUGCAUGUCGACGGGCCCCUGUCCAUAACCGCCGAGGAAACUGUCAUCAAAAUACACGCGCAGUGGGCGGUCUCUCUGCUCGGACAGCGCUACAAGUUUGAGUCCCUGGGUGCUUUCGGUGAAGGCCUGCUGGUUAUACGGCUGAAUCUGCAAACCCCACUGGGACAACCGCUGUUCCACCUGGAUUUGUCGCCUCUCUCGAGAGAUGUAGAUGAAACGAACUUCCAAACGAUGUUUUUCCUCGUACACUACGUCGAUGUGAAGUCCAAUCUCCUCUUCGACGGCAGACAAGUACACGGAAAGAUCAGCUGUCUGAUAUUCCCCGGCGAGCAGGACGUCCGCCGCGUCACGGUUUCCGGCGACUUGGACCUCACGACCAGCAAGCUGGGCGCCACGCUCUGGUGGGACGCCGACAGGGACCUCAGCAAAUACUUCUCCACGGAAAUGUCCGUCAUCACGAUGCCUCACCUUGCAGACUUUUCUUCUGUCCAAGGCGUCGUCAAGUACCAGAACCGGACCUGCGCGUUCCUGGCCGUGCGGGAAUACGUCCACCUGCGACACAGCCUCAUCGUGAAAACGAGCGCCGGUUUUGAGAUCCAUACAGGUAGAAGGAAGGACAUGGUAUUAGCGUUUGAAAACAGCUUCGAAGCACGCAAUUCUUCGGCUAACAUUGAAACAUUUAUCAGUUAUCAUGGCCCGGAAGGGAGAAGUUACAAAUUUAGCAGCUCACUGGAUAUGGAAGAGAUUGAGGGUUCGCAUAACUCCAAGGUGGAGUCUCAGAUAACGUACAGCUCAGAGACGGGCCACGAUGUGCUGCUGACCACGGAGAUGACGCACAGCACCACGCCGACUACGAGGCUCACCCGUCUCAAGGGGGGCGCGCGCCUCUUCCCAAUCAAGCGACCUCUGGGAACGGACUUGACUUGGACGAGUCGGGGCAACACGAGGAGCCUCGUCUGGUCGGCCAACGACACUACCUUGCGGACGCUGAUGGGCUGGGAGCUGGACAAGACGGCUUCGGGGACAGUUGAGGGAUGCGGCUUCUUCCUUAAUCUCAGAGGCAUUCAAACCUUUAUGCAAGACGUCGUGAAUCUCGUAACCCUGUAUAAAACUUGCCUCGAUGCAGAGUGCCCCGGGGACAUUCAGAGUGACUUCUUGGACACUCCCUAUAUUCAGCAUCUUGACACCAACCACUCGGCGACGACGCUGGCCGCUGGGGUCCUCCGCGCCGUGAACAAGCCGCCCUUCCCUAGCUCUGAGAGGGACGCCGGUAUGUACACGAUGACCGCCAGGUACUCCCACGACGAUAGGACCGGGAGAUCUUCAUAUGAGGGGAAGCUGAGUCACCCGACGCUGGCGAGGGGCGUGACAGCUAUGGUGGAGUACAGCGGCAGCGGCGGCGGCGUGCGGGGAACCUUCGAGCUGAACAUUUUCCCCGACGUGGCAGACAGGAUCACCGGCAAUCUCGCCUCCGUCCUGCUGGCCAACAACACCGUCAGGGUCGAUGCCAACCUGACCACCAGGCUGCUGAGCUACCACCCGCGGGUCACCCUGAACACGGCUGCCUCGCCCCACGCGCUGGAACUUGACCUGAAAUACCACAAAAACAGUUCACGAGAGGAAGUGAACUUUUCAACCAGAGCCAGGUUUGACCGAAUCAAUAAACACGACUUGACGCUGGGCCUCGCGGUGGCGACGGGGGGCGGCGUUUCCCUCGAUGUCACGGGUGUGGUUGUGCCGCGGUGGGACCCGGAGUGCCUAGGCUUACAAAUAACCGCUGCGUCCACCAUGGCCCUGCUGGGUAGCCACAACUCUACCUUAUCAGUAUGCGGACCGGCGUUCCUGGAGCUGACCACUGCGAGGCGGGACGGGAGAGGCAAAGCUUAUAACGCCAGGUUCGGUGUCAGGAAUCCCUUGGGUCUCGAGGGGAAGCUCGCCAUCCGCGACCAGGAAGCACAGACGACGCUCGUCGUGUUGAAGAGUCAGUUCACUCUCUACCCCCACAUCGACGCCGAGUUCUCCUGCAUGAAAGAGGAGCUCGAGAAAGUUGAGGCGGAGGUGCGGGCGGCGAUGCAAGAGUCGCUGGGGGGCGUGGCCGAGUGGUCGGGGCGGGUGUACCAGGCUGUGGUGGAGGAGGCCCACCGCCAGCACCUGGUCUUCCCCCCGGUGCAGAUCACCGCCCUCACCAAACAGAUACAGACCAGCGUGGAUGAACUGUUCGCCUACAUGGUCCAACAGAAACUCAAACCAACCUAUGAGCUGUUGAAACGCCUCGUGAGUUCCCCUGCAGUGUCUUACGUGAGGAAAAUUGGCUACACUACGUGGCUUCAGCUACAGUGGGCGAGGAGUCAACUGCCGAGAGCUUUGUAUCACCCUUACCACGAGCAUAUCAUUUGGGGAGAAGAAAGCAAGACCUAUAAUUACGUUGUCAAAGAAGUUGGAAAUCAAGUCGUGGAGACCAUUGAGAGUGGAGGACAGAACCUGCUGCCCAGCCUGCAGUACCUCUGGCAGGAGCUGGAAGAGACUGAACUAUUCCUGGCCCUGAAGGAAGACUUGAGAGCUCUCGUGAUCGCACAUACCGAUCUUGAGAAGCUGGACGUCCUCAUGAAGAUCUUGGGCAGAGUCCUGAGCACACUCCGGGAGGACCUGGCACUCCUCAGAAAUAAUCCAGCCCUGCUCAGGACCGCGAUGCUCAGUCUUAGGGCCAUCAACUCGGUCAUGCAGAAGGUCACCUUGACGCCUCUGACGGAGCUGCGUGACAUGGUGUGGGCGUACGACAGCCACGCCAACAUUCCCACCAACAAACUCCUUGGGCUCUACUACUCCCUUUCGGAACCCCCCGCAUGGAGAGACGUGCUGCCGCCUUGGAACCGCACGGCGAUGGUCAUCGGGGGCACGGAGAUCCUGACCUUCGACGGGGCAAAGCUGCGUAUGCCACUCUCCACGUGCGAAGUCAUCCUGGCCACCUUCGCCGGGAACAAGAUCACCAUGUCACACCCAGUACCCGAUGCUCGUCCGCAGGUCACCGUCGCCACGCCCGGCUACGUGAUCGUGGUGAAGCCUGAUUUUCACGUGUUACUAAACGGCCAGGAUAUUGGAGACCGACAACUUCAGGUCGGGGAAAUCACCAUCAUGGUCGCUUACGCAUUUAUCACGGUUGAGUUACCGCUGGUGAAGAUUAUAAUUUUCGGUAACCAGCAAGUGGUGAGCAUUGAGGCGCAGGGCUGGACGUACGGGCAUCUGGCGGGCAUGCUGGGAACCUUUGACGGGGAGGCGGGGAACGACCACCUCCUGUCUACGGGCAUCAGGGCCCCAGACCUCUGGCACUUGGUCAAGUCAUGGCAGGAAGAUCAACACUGCCACACACCCCGCGUGGCGCCCGUCGACAGCCUCUCCAUCCAGGAGGCAGAGAGGGUCGUGCACUGCUACCCCCUGCUGGGCGUGUGGGGGAGGUGCAACGCCGUCCUCAGGCCUGACCCCUUCAUUGACCUGUGCCACCACUCCCGCAACCCGUGCGACGCAGCCGAAGCCUACCGCGCCCUGUGUGGCACCAUGGGCGUGUCCCCGCUGUUCCCGAGAGGGUGCUAGGGACACACACACACACACACACACACACACACACACACACUCCUGUUAAGGAGAGGGCACAAUAAAUCUACUAAAUUUUCAAGCCAUCUAAUCGUAAAUGAUGUUAUGAAUAUAAAUCUAAUUUCCUUCCUUCUUUGAUGACCCUUCACGUUUACGAUAAAUUAAAAUAAAUAUUUCA